AUGGAGCCACAAACAACCAUCCCGCCCCAUCCCUACGGCGUCGAGCCCGCCGGCAGCGCCUUCGCGCGGAACCUGAGCAUCGCGACAUCACGCCGCGGCCUCGGCCAAUUAGGCACGGUCGACGACGCGACGGUGCUGCACGCGCUCGGGUACGCCGACGGCGCGGCGUUGUGCGCGCUGGCCAUCGCGUCGGGAGCGCUGCGGUGCUUCGCGUCGACGGAGGACCUGUGGCGUGGCGUCGCGCUGCGGCGUGCGGGCGACGAUGGCGCGAUCACCUACCGCGGUGGUAGCUGGAAGCAGUCGGUGGUCGGCGCGCCGCGCGCCAACGUGGCGAAGCGACUCUUCUCGGACGCGCUCUACCACUCGCAUCGCCUCGUUCACGCGGCGCCUUUAUCUUCGAGUGGCUUGGGUUCCUGCGCCCGGCGCCGCGCGGCCGAGCUAUCCGUCGACGCCUUCGUCGAGGACUUCGAGCGGGCCGGCGUGCCUGUUGUGAUUGAGGGCGCGGCCGCCGACGCCGCUGCACAAGAUGUCUGGGACCGCGACGUUUUGCAGGACCGCCUCGGCGCGCGCGUGUUCCACGUCGGCGGCUACGCGUUCGGGCUGGCGGAGUUUCUCCAAUAUGCGGAGAACAACGCGGACGACACGCCGCUGUACCUCUUCGACAAGCGCUUCGCCGAAGCGGCCCCGGAACUCGCAGCGGCGUACAAGCCCCCAAAGUACUUCGACGACGACCUGUUCGGGCUCCUCGAGGGCCGGCGGCCCGACUGGCGCUGGCUCAUCGUCGGCGGCGCGCGGUCGGGCAGCGCGUGGCACAAGGACCCCAACGGCACGUCGGCCUGGAACGCGACGCUACGUGGCCGCAAGCGGUGGCUGUUUUUCCCGCCGCGGACGACGCCGCCCGGUGUACGGCCGUCCGCUGACGGGCUCGAUCUCGUCGCGCCGCUGAGUAUUGCCGAGUGGAUGUCAGUGCGGAACUCAUUUUUUUGUACAGCCCUCAAUUUGAGUCUUUUUGGCGGUCAAUCGGCGGCCAGGAUUCAUUCCUUCAUUCAGAGAGUAGCCAAAAUGUUCGCGCUUCAGCUGAGACAUAAAUAGGAUUAUGCGCAUCCACGUCACUGGUUGAUUUCUGCACAGGUGGACGCGCGCGUUCUACGCCGAGGCGAAGGCGCAUCCGCACUUCGUCGAGGCGCACAGCGGGCCGGGCGACGUCGUCUUCGUACCGCGUGGCUGGUGGCACUGCGUCGUCAACCAGGACGCCUUCACCGUCGCCGUCACGCACAACUUCUGCUCGCCGCGCGGCCUUAGUUCCACGCUCGGUCUGCUGCGCCAGUCGCCGCAUCUCGUCUCGGGCCUCGUGCGCGACGAGCGCGUCGAUGAGUGCGACGACCUAGACGAGGUCGCCAAGCGCGCUGUCGUUGGCGCCGCGCUCCACGACCGGCUCGUCGCCGCGCUCCGGCGCCGGCGGCCCGACGCGCUCGCUGAUGCUGAGGCCGACCUCGCGCGGCCCACGACGCUCUGGGGGCGGCUUACGGCUGAGCCGCCGGACCUCGUUGCGACUGGCGCUGCGCCGAAGCGGGCGCGUGUGGACGAUGGUGCCAGUAGUGGUGGGUUCUCGUUUGGUUUUGGGUAAUUAUUGGUACUAGACGCGAUAUCACAACAACACACGUCGCCACAAGCUACCGGCGCAGGUCGGCACGGCAGGAACUAGACAUGUCCCUGCCGCGCGUCAUGGGCGCGGAUGGCUCGCAUAUCGACUUCUCCUAGUGCUCGAGCCGGCCGCCGCGGCGCCCGAGCCGAGCGCCGCGGCGCAAGUUCGGCCGGGCGCUAUUCCUCUUGAGGAACUUCUCGUUCUGCGCGACCAUGUCGCCGUUGAUCGGCUUCCGAACCAGGCCCUUCGAGACAAAGAGCGCGUGUAGCUUCUCCUCGUUGAAGGGGCUCAGGUCGAUGGAGUCCUGCUCGUCGCCGUCGCGCUUUAUCGUCAGCGUGGGCGUCCUGCCGCGGAUCCAGGUGAUGGUCACGCCCUCGUAGCUCGUCGCGCCGAGCGGCGACCGAAGGAAGCGCUUCACCUCCGGCAGGCUAUUGAGCUUUCAGCCGGGGCACGAGACGAUGUCGGCCGUCAUCUUCUGCGCGUUCGCAGCGGUGCUGAGGACCAGGAGGGCUGUGAGGUAUGUAUGCAUUUUUGCUGCCUGGGCAAUCAAAAGCGAUCGGCGCCGCUCGAAGCCGUCGAAAUAGUAACCAAUGCGGUUAUUUUCGCCACCGCUGCGCCGAUACGCGGCUUGCGGCUAGGAAAGCCGAUAAAACCCGUACAGAUGAAAAAGCACGCUGUGGGAUGCGGUUCAACCGCGCCGCAGACCUCAGAAACAGGGUCCACUACAUGUAGCCUACCGGCUGAGGCAGGCUGAGCUUGCUGCAUGUCGCAGCUCCAGCCCCAUAUAGCCUCUAUGACUACGGCGGUAGACCAGCAGGCCGGUCGCUGAUCAGAAUUAAUAGCCACAACAGCGCGCCGCAACCGCACGAGCGCAAGGGUGAUAACACACCGCACAAAAAAGAGGAGAUCACCUCUACCGCAAAAAAGCGUCGGCCCGCCACGCGCGGCGGCCGCGCGCGGGCACGACGAAGUCCCUACUCCUCUUCACCAUUCUUCUGCGUGCGUGCAGAGGCCUGUCGACCGUGCUCAGGCGUCCGCUCGCCGUCCACGCGCUGACGAGCACCGCCUUCGACGGCGCCCUCAAGACCAAGGACAUGACGGCGACGGUCACGGCGGCGGACCUCGCCGCGGCCGAGGUCGAGCUCACGUCCGACGAGCAGGACCUGGUCCAGGUGCUCGUCGCGGCGGCGGCGGCGCAGCAGACGACGGUGCGCAUCUGCGGCGGCUGGGUCCGCGACAAGGCGCUGGGCCGCGUGACCAAGGACGUGGACGUGGCGCUGGACAACUGCAGCGGCGCGACCUUCGCCGAGCGCGUCGUCGAGGCGCUGGCCAAGGGCCUCGAGGGUGGCGACGGCCGCGGCGCGGCGCUCGCCGCGUCGUCGACGGUCGGGCUCAUCGCGGCGAACCCGGAACAGUCUAAGCACCUCGAGACGGCGACGAUGCGGAUCUGCGGCGUCGAGGUCGACUUCGUCAACCUGCGGAGCGAGUCGUACGCGGACGCCGGCGACAGCCGGAUCCCGACGAUGGCGUUCGGGACGCCGCAGGAGGACGCGGCGCGGCGCGACUUCACGCUGAACGCACUCUUCUUCAACGUGCACACGCGGCGCAUCGAGGACUUUACGGGCCGCGGCUGGGAGGACCUCCGCGCGGGCCUGCUGCGGACGCCGCUCGAGCCGCGCGUGACGCUGCUUGAUGACCCGCUCCGCGCGCUCCGAGGCGUGCGCUUUGCCUCGCGCUACGGCUUCGCGCUUGAUCCGGGCUUCGCCGAGGCGUGCCUACUGCCCGAGGUCCGCGCGGCGCUCCUCGCCAAGGUCUCGCGCGAGCGCGUCGGCAAGGAAGUCUGGGGCGCGCUCGCAACGUCACCGGCUGGCGCCGCACGCGCCGUCGACGAGCUCCGGCGGCUCCAGCUCGCGUCGGCGACGUUCCGCGGCGUCGGCGCCGCGGAGCUGGCCGGCGCCGCGCGCGCGCCCGAUGGUGGUGCGGUGCCGCUCGACACGGUCUACGCCGCCGAUGCCGACGAUACGGGCGGGCCGUGGCUCCUCUCUGCACGCUGUUGCGCGGCGCUCGCCGCUGGCGAGGCGCAAACAGCCGCCGGGCCGCUGCCGACGCGCGACGCGACGCUAGCUGCGCUCGCUUGUGCGCUGCUACCGCUCGCCGAGCCCGGCUGCGAGGCGCUCGACAGGAAGCGGCGGCCGACGCCGCUGCCCCAGGCCGUCUGCAAGGAGGGCCUCAAGCUCCCGGGCCGCACGGCCACCGACGCGCGGCGUGUACGUUUUCUGCGUCCGUAUUAGAUUUGUAUUUACUAUUUUAUACACAGGUCCUGGACGCGGCACCACAGCUCGCAAAGCUUGCAACACGUCUUGCGGCCGGCGAGACCGGCGCGGACCUCCGGCGCGCCGCGGGCCUCGUGCUUUUCGACGUCCAGGAGCUCUGGCGUUGUGCACUGCGCGUCGCACGCGCGCGAAGCGUCGCCUUUGAAGCGGCCAACUUCGCCGACGCAUCCGCGGUUUCCCCGGCGGACGCGGCCGUCGCGAACGCGGAGCGCGACUUCGGCGCACUGGAAACCGCAUUAGCUGGCCCGACGCUGGACCUCGACCGUAUUUGGGCUACGCUCCAGCCGCACUAUGACGGCAACGCGCUCGCGGAGGCGCUCGACGUCCCCAAGGGCCCGCUCAUCGGCGGGCUCAUGGCCGCACAACGAGAAUGGCAGCUCGCGCAGCCCGCGGGCGACAAGGACGCGUGCCUCGCCUACCUCCGAUCGCGCGUCGAGGACCUCCGGCAAACGCACGGCCAGGGGCGGCGCGGCGGGAAAAGCAAGAAGGCGCGGCGUUGAUUAGGAUCUCCCUAUUUGUAAACCAAAACCUCGCGUUAGCCAGGGGAAUGAAUACACAAACGGGU